AUGGCAGCUUUAAAUGAAAAGAAGACCUGCAGCCAACGGAUGGAAAAUUUCAACCGUUUCGUAUGGAAUCCAGAUACAGGGCAGUUGAUGGGAAGGACCUUGAUUAAUUGGGUGUGGAUCAGUCUGUACUACGUUGCUUUCUACAUAGUGAUGACUGGGCUGUUUUCACUCGCCAUAUAUUCCUUAAUGAGGACAAUCAAUCCAUAUACACCGGACUAUCAAGAUCGAUUAAAAUCACCAGGAGUGACAUUACGUCCGGAUGUCUAUGGUGAAGGAGGAUUAGAAAUUUAUUAUAACGUCUCUGACAAAAACUCCUGGGAGAAAUAUGUAACAACUCUUCACAAAUUUCUUUCAGCAUAUAAUACAACUGCACAACAUGCCAACAUCAACUGCACAAGUGAGAAAUACUUCUUUCAAAAAUCAUUCCUUGGUCCAAACAAAACAAAAUACUCCUGCAAGUUCACAUCAGAUAUGCUUGAAAACUGCUCUGGCCUGGCAAAUUCCACUUUUGGAUUUCCAGAAGGAAAACCAUGUUUAAUUAUAAAAAUGAACAGAAUUAUCAAUUUUCUCCCUGGCAAUGGCACUGCACCAAGGGUGAGCUGUACAGCUCAACAUGAUGAUUUCAGCCCACUUGAACUACAAUAUUACCCAGUCAAUGGCACCUUUAACCUUCACUACUUCCCAUACUAUGGAAAGAAAGCACAGCCCACCUACAGCAAUCCUUUGGUAGCAGUGAAAUUUCUCAACAUUACAAGGAAUGCAGAAGUUACUGUUGUGUGCAGAGUCAUUGGAACUGGAAUUACCUCAGAUAACCCUCAUGAUCCAUAUGAAGGAAAAGUGGAGUUCAAAAUGAAAAUACAAGAUUAGGUAUUACUGGUACAAACCAAGACAUUUCAGAAAAGUGGGUGUGGUAUGAAAAGUGACUUAAAUGUCAUCACAUUAUUUUAUAUUUAUUUUUUUCCAUGAUUUCCAUAAAAAAUUUGCUCAGAUUUCAGUUUAACAAAAGACAUUUUGUAAAUACCAGUACUGAAAUAUCUUCCGGCCAUCUAAAAAUCAAGAUAUAAUUUACAAUAGAUGAAGCAAGGUAGUAAUUUUUCUUGAUGUAUACACAGAAUUUGCUCUUCCAUGGCUACUGUAUGUUGGUGCUUUAGCACAAAUACUAUUACGAAAUGAAUUUCCUCUAAAUUGAGCAUAUAUGACUCACGAAAAGCAUGGACAGAGUACCCAGAUGUCGAUUUUAGUCACUUUUCUGGUCACAACUAAUAAUUAUUCUUUACUAGGCCAUUGUAGAAACAAUUCAAUUGCUGCAAAAACGCAUUAAUACCCUGAUGUUUUGAAAUACUAGCUUGCAAUGUAAUUUCAUUACACAUUAGUUUUAUCCACUUAGUAUAAAAUGU